AUGAAGCUGCUGACGCUCACCUCCUUCCUCUUUGGUGUGUUCCUCUUCCUCUCCCCCGCUCUUGCCCAAGACACCACUUCCUCCGAGGAGGAAGAGACUCCAACAUCCACUGGCACCGCCCCUACGUCUUCGCCAACGCUCUCCUCGCUCGCGGACACUGCAACCGAGCAUGGCGCCGGGCGAUUCGGCCAACUAUUCGUGAACAACCUUGCGGGCAACGCCCCCCGAGCCCGAACCGUCUUUGCCCCGCCAGAUGAUUCCUUCCGUCACCGUCUCAUUCGACAGGCAGACGUCACUGCGCAGUAUCUCUACCAGGGUUCAGAUCAACUCCUUACUGCCGCGGAUCUCCGUGGGUUUACCGGUAGUCUUAUCGGUACCUUGGGCAGUGAGUCUACCCUUGGCGGCCGCGGUCAAGCAGUCCUAUCUCAGGGGCAACGGGCUUCUGGUGGCGCCUGCAAUGGCACUUCCCCGAUUGAACUCUUCAGUGGGCUUGGAAACAGUAUCACCAUUCUAGAAGAGGACAUUGAGUUUGAGGGUGGAAUUCUCCACAUCGUCAGCGGCCAAUUCACUCAGCCCAGCCCCUUGAUCGAGUCCCUCCGCGCGGUCUCCGAGACCACAACCCUCGCCUCGUACAUCUCCGGUCACGCCAGCCUCGAGUCGAGUAACUCCAUCACCGUCUUCGCUCCAUCAAAUGCUGCUCUGGCUUCCACCUACGGUUCUGACACUACCAUCUCAGAGUCCGAGGCAACUGCACUUGUCGACUCGCACGUUGUCCUCAACUUUGCCGCCUACUCGCCCUUCUUGGUCAAUGGGGCACGCUUCCGGACGAUUGAUGGCGUUGAUGCCGUCGUGAACACCCGACCAGACGGCUCAAUUGUGCUCAACGAUGACAUCAAUGUCAUCAAGACGGACAUUGUGGUGCAGAAUGGCGUCGUGCAUAUCAUUGACCGUCCGAUCUCGCCAGGCUCCGAUACCGAAAUCCAGACUACUGGCACUGACACGGGCACCGAAACUGAAAGUGAGACUUUGCCCGAUGGGCCCAACCAGUCCGAUACAGACACCGGCACCAUCUUCACUGGUGCCUCUCCGCACCGGCCGGAUAUGGACCGACGCAGCGUGCUCGGUCCGCUGGCCGCCAUUGUUGGUGGUGCCAGGCUGUGGUACUAG